GGACAGGUAAAACAGGUGACGAGGCGUCAGGUUUCAGUCCGUGUCAACUGCUGGCUUCUCACCGAGCCGAUCGGGAAAGAUCAAAAACACACGAUUCCCUCUUGUACACAAGUUAGAUUUUUUUUUUUAAUAUUCAGCAAACUGGUGACCUAACGCCAUGGCAGCCAAGUAUGAUGGCUUGUCCCACUGUAAGCUGGCCCUGGCGUUUGCUAUCCUGAUGGACCUGUUGGGUGUGAUAUCCCUGCUGCUGGGGGUCUUCGCUCCACUGGAGAUCCAAGGGCAAGACUUUGGGGAUCUGCUAGUGUACACAGGAGCUCUGCUGGUGCUAUUUUCCCUGGCAGGCUGGGUCAUGUGGUACAGUGGCAACAUUGAGGGUCUGACCUCUAAAAAGGAGUUGGGGGGAACUCUCGGAGCUGUGGACCGCCUCGCCCGCUCCCUGAGCCGCAGAAUACGGAUCCCCAGGACUCACAGCAGCCCAACAUAAGAGGUGGAAACCACAAACACUAAAAACUAACAGACUGACUUGUUACAUGGCAGGCUGUCCCUAAUCAGGCGGCAGGCCAAACUGCCUGAAGUGAAGGAGUGUUACUGCUGUUACGUCUCUUGUGGAGUUAACAAAACACCUUGUUCACACAGAAAACUGCCAUUCAUUAUGUUUUUAUAAGGAAAAAUUAAAGACUAUAAUGUAAUAUGCACUACUACAGAUUGCAGUAAAUGGAGAUUAAAAACAUUAAUGUGCAUUAUUA